CUAAUAAAAUUCUCCUUCAAAUCGACGCAAUUCAUCAUUACCUCACCACUGUCACUAGGGUUUUACAAGUAUGGCUACGACUCGAAUAGUGAGGGUUGCGCAAGAUGGUUCCGGAGAUUACUGCUCUGUUCAAGACGCAAUUGAUUCGGUGCCAUUAGGUAACACUUGUAGGACUGUGAUUCGUCUCUCACCUGGGAUUUAUCGGCAACCGGUUUACGUACCCAAGAGGAAAAACUUCAUUACCUUCGCCGGAAUCUCACCGGAGAUCACGGUUUUAACUUGGAACAAUACAGCUUCGAAGAUUGAGCAUCAUCAGGCGUCUAGGGUCAUUGGGACUGGUACGUUUGGGUGUGGAAGUGUUAUUGUUGAAGGUGAAGAUUUUAUUGCAGAGAACAUUACUUUUGAGAACUCUGCUCCUGAGGGAUCAGGGCAAGCUGUUGCGAUACGAGUCACUGCAGACCGAUGUGCCUUUUAUAACUGUCGAUUUCUCGGCUGGCAGGAUACAUUGUAUUUACAUCAUGGGAAACAAUAUUUGAAAGACUGCUACGUCGAGGGAAGCGUGGAUUUCAUAUUUGGAAACAGCACUGCGCUCUUGGAACAUUGCCAUAUCCACUGCAAAUCUCAGGGUUUUAUAACAGCACAAAGCCGAAAAUCAUCUCAAGAAUCUACUGGUUAUGUAUUCUUAAGAUGUGUGAUAACAGGUAAUGGUCAGAGUGGGUAUAUGUAUCUUGGAAGGCCAUGGGGACCAUUUGGGAGGGUGGUCCUUGCGUACACAUACAUGGAUGCGUGUAUCAGAAAUGUCGGUUGGCAUAACUGGGGAAACGCAGAGAACGAGAGAAGUGCUUGCUUUUAUGAGUACAGGUGCUUUGGUCCGGGUAGCUGUUCGUCUGAACGGGUUCCAUGGUCGAGAGAACUAAUGGAUGAAGAAGCCGGACACUUUGUGCAUCACAGUUUUGUGGAUCCAGAACAGGACCGGCCUUGGUUGUGUCUAAGAAUGGGUGUGAAAACACCAUACUCGGCGUAGAGUACUGAAAAAAUGUUGUAACUGCCACUAUGAGGCGUACAAUAACAAAGAAACAUGGAGAACCUACUGUAACCAAGUAUCGAACUUGGGAUUAUCUUUUGUCUAAGUUAAUAAAUGUACCAUAGAAUCUACGAUUGUACACUUUCUUGUUAUGCAUUGGAAAGUUAUAUGUUUGGUUAACUAAAGUGAUAUAAUGUUU